CACAUAUCAAUACAGGGCUGCGUCAGUGCCAGAUCAGAGCCGGAGUUCAGCUUCAUACGCUGCACAGAAACACUCAGAGUCCAUCAUGAAGUCUCAGCUGAAGUGUAUUGUGAUCUUUGCGCUGGUGUGCUGCUGUGCGGUGCUGAUAGCGCUCAUAUUCUCUGCUGUAGACGUGUGGGGGGAUGACGAGGAUGACAUCACUGAGGGGAAAUGCAGCAGUUCCUGUCGUGUUGUGCUUGUUGAAAAUAUUCCAGAAGACCUGUCCAUUCCACAUCAGGACACAGUUUCCCUGGCCGCUGGUCUCCAUGAGCUUUUGGAUCAAGCACAUCGGUCUGUUGAGAUCGUGUCACCAUGGUGGGCACUGAACUCCACCGAGUAUGAGUCGAAACCUCCCCAGGCCAAACAGGGUCAGAUCUUACUGCAUCAGUUGAUGAGUCUGCGGUCUCGGUCAGUCAGUUUGAAGGUGGUCAGUGGACUAACUCAUUCCUCAGAGCUCAAGGCACUCACUCAGAGUGGUGCCGAGGUGCAUUACCUGAACAUGACAGCCCUCAUGAACGGUCAGCUCAACUCCUCCUUCUGGGUGGUAGACAGGAAGCACAUGUACAUAGGAAGUGCUGGCAUGGAUUGGAGGUCACUGUCUGUGAUGAAGGAGUUGGGCAUCAUUAUUUAUAACUGCAGCUGUCUGGUGUUGGACCUGCACAAAAUAUUUAGCCUCUACUGGCAACUGCAGUAUAAAGAGUUUUUGCCGUCAAUAUGGUCCAAGAAACUGAACGCUCUGUAUAACAGAGACAACAACCUUCAACUGCAUCUGAAUGACACGGAAGCAGAAGCAUACUAUUCAAGUUCUCCAGAUGUUUUCUGCCCAAAAGACCGGACGAAAGACCUUGAGGCCAUUAACAGAGUCAUUCAAAAGGCUGAGACAUUUAUCUACAUCUCCAUAACCAACUAUCUACCAAUGCUCAACCGCAACCAACCCAAGUACUGGUCACGCAUUGACAACAUGCUCCGAGAAGCAUUGAUUGUGAAAAAAAGCAUCAAAGUACGCCUGUUAAUAAGCUGUUGGGAGCAGACUGACCCACUGACAAUGAACUUCCUGUGGUCUCUCAAAGCACUGUGCACAGAGUCAUUACGCUGCUCAGUAGAGGUGAAGUUCUUCAUUCCACUGAAGCAGAGCAAUGGACAUCUCUAUGGAGUGAAUCACAACAGAUACAUGGUGACGGACAGAUCUGUGUAUAUAGGGAAUUUAAACUGGGUGGGCGAUGAGUUUGUCUACAGCGCCGGUGUCGGUGUUGUGAUCAGUCAGCAGGUGAAGCAGAACAACUCAAGUGUAGUUGAACGGAUGAAAGCUGUGUUUGAACGAGACUGGCACUCCCACUACAGUAAAACACUCCAGCCAAACAACAUCCCAGCAUGCAGCAUGCACACGGCAAACGAUUCUCUCUGAAAACAUGUUUGAAGAUCACAUGCAAACCUUAAACUUAUCAAUCAAUUUGUUGGCUGUUUCCUUUCAAUUCUACCAAACACCUCGAGUUAAUAUAGCAAUCAAGGCUUUCUAUCGAAACACUCUUUUGUAAGGUUAUAAAUAUUUUGCUAUAUUGUUUGGCCCAGGUUUCACCUGUUAUUAGGAUGCAUUUUCAUGAUGCAAUCAAACGUGGUGCUGUCAGACUCGGAGACAGAGCUGUCAUCUUUUUUCGUUUUAUUCGCCUCCUUUACCCUAUUGUUUGGCAGCAAGAUGACAUGGUUUGUCUGUACUUUUGCACAUUACUCUGCACUCCCAUGAUUAUAGGUGCUCACAGGAGAUGCAUUUGAGAUACAAACAUCGCAAAAAUGCAUCUUAAUGUCACAUGGAAAUGUUGUAUGAAUUGUUUUAAGAUGUUUGUCUCUGUUUAAGUGUUGCACUGAGACUUUCUAUUCUCAAAAUAAUAAUUCCUUGCUUUAACGAUAAGGGGGAAAAUGUUUUCAAUGUCACAUUCAUUUUGAAUGUGCUUCCAGAUAUUUUUUACCAUUAAAUGGUGAUGCUUAAUUAAAAUUAUGCAUUUUCAAGCACUGUAUUUGAAAGUUAAUUUAAUAAUUUUUACAGGCAGGAUUUUAC